AUGCAAGCCUUCAAGCGAAUGCGCAGAUUAACUUAUUCAAAUGCUUCCAAUUCGAAUGUAUCCCCUCAAGGCGGUGACAUCUCUUAUGAACGAACACGCGAUGGCUUCAUUGGGGGUCUAAAGGUUGUCAAGGCCGCAAGCGAGACUACCUCGCUUCUCGGUCCACUCAAAGCAGUUUGUGAGAUGUCGCUUCUGUUUCUCGAGACAUUGAGGAGCAUCAACGAGAACACAAAAGGGCUCAAACAGCUCAGAGAUGGCCUUCUAGAGCAUGUUGCGAUCUUGGAUACAGAGUAUACCAAGCACGCACUGAAGGAUUAUGUCGAUGGCUUAAAAGAAAUACUUGUCAAGAUAGACGAGCUUUCACGCAAUCGGGAGAAGGGCCUUAGAGGGCUCCAAAAAUUCGCGGAUGCUAGGAUUGAGCCUGGCACUAUUGCAGAUUAUAAGCAACAAAUCGAGCAAUGCACCCGUACAUUCGAGGACAAAACAAAACAAUGUCAGAUGCAACUAGGGAUAGAUGGGUGGAAGAUGACGCGCCUUGGUCCAGAGAAGCCUCGCCCGAUGGGAACCCAACACAAGCCGUGCCUACCGGGGACCCGAGAGCCUAUUCUACAAGAAAUUCGACGGUGGCACCUAGAUCCCAACCCGGACGAACGCGUGUUCUGGCUAUGCGACGAGCCCGGGUCCGGAAAGUCUACCGUCGCGGCGACCAUGUGCGAGGAAUGGGACAACGCACAAGCCGUAUUCGGUCGGUUCUUCUUCUCGAAGAAUGCGCGUCAGACGUCGGAGACGGAUGCGUUCUGCUCUGUCGUCGCAGAAGAUAUCGGAUCGAAGAAUGAAGUGGUGAUGGAGUGUGUCCGGAACGCAAAGCAAAAGGACACCCAGCUUCUAGAAAGAGGACUACGCUACCAGUUCAUCAAGCUAGUCGAGGAGCCACUGCAUUUUGCAGACGCCGACGUCAUUGUCGUUGUCGACGCGAUAGACGAGUGCGACAAAGAGAUGAGAGGAGAGCUGCUCCGCCUCCUAGUCGAGAAGAUCCCCACACUACCAAAACUCAAGUUAUUCAUCACAAGCCGUCCCGAGCCUGACAUCGCCGCUCUGCUUCAAAGUCGAGCGAUUGUCAGUGGAAUGCAUUUCAAGAUGCACGGUAAAGAGGACCGGUCCAACGUAAAUGACAUCAAGGCAUAUGUCGACGCCCAUCUGACCAAACUGCUCAACCCGGCCGACCGUCAGCAGCUCGUAGAGCGUUCCAAUGGUCUCUUCAUCUGGAUCACCACGGCGCACUUGGAACUUGAACAAGCUCAAGAUCCACACGCAAUCGACACGACUCUCAAAACCCUAUUGAAUAGAGGCGAGGGUGAGGAUCUGAACCAGGUUUACGCCAACAUCCUACGCCGAGUUAUCCGAGAGAGGUCUCUGGAGGUCAUACGUAAGGUCAUCGGUACUAUCCUGACCUUGUUCGAGCCGGUAUCGACUGAGGCUCUGGCAAGGCUUACGGACAUCACACACCCGCAGCUCGAGAAGAUUUUGCUGUCAAUGGAGAGUGUGUUCCGGGUGGGUAGUGUCAUUGAGUUUCUUCAUCCGACGUUCCGCGAGUACCUCGUCAGCACCUCGAAUACGAUUAUGCCAUUGGAAGUGACAACGGUACAAUCAAACCUGGCUGUAUCUGUUCUUCGAGUUCUCCAGGGGGAGCUCAAGGAGGACAUUUGUGCGAUUCGUCAACCGGACGAGGCGCAUCCAAACAAUCGAGACAUCCUCGAUUUGGACGAGCGCCUCCAGCAAUUAUGGGACAAGUUUCCGGCACUAUCAUACUCUGUCAGGUACUGGGGCUCUCAUGUCGCACCCUUUGUCACGAACCGAAGCGUCACUAAGGAGCUACGAAUGCUUCUAACUACGCACAUAUUACACCUGAUAGAGCUAUUGAGCUUGAUGGGCCAGAUACAUCUCUUUCGGAGCUUUCAAGAAGUUCGCAAGGGUUUUGAAUCCCAGCGCCUGGAUGCCACUGGAUUCGAGCUGUGUCACGAUGUAAUUCGAACUGUACAACGGCACCAGAAGAUGCUUGAGGAGAGUGCACUGCACAUCUACUCCUCAGCAAUGUUGUUUCUCCCUCGGAAGACAAGACUAUGGACUACAUACGCAAGCAAGUUCUCUCAUCGGAUCCCAAAGAUUGUUGGGCCACUCUCGGAGCAUUGGCCCUCCCAUAGAGUUCUAGCCGGACAUGAAAACGGUACCACUUGCGUCGCAAUUUCCCCAGACGGUACACUCAUGGUAUCAGGAUCCGACGAUAAAACCCUGAGGCUAUGGGAUGCAAACACUGGUGUGAGUACUGGAGAGCUGAAAGGACACACCAAGGCGGUUACCUGUGUGGCGUUCCUGCCCCACGGGCUUCGUAUUGCGUCUGGGUCCUGGGACAAAACUCUACGACUGUGGGAUGCGACGACGAGUACAUGCAUCGGAGAGUUGAAGGGGCAUAAUAAGGCGGUACUAUGCCUGGGAUUCUCGCCCGACGGACGCCUUAUCGCGUCCGGAUCGCAAGAUACAACCCUGCGACUAUGGGAUGCAAUGACCGGAGAGAGUAUUGCAGAACUGAACGGCCAUACUAAGGAAGUUACGUGCCUGGCAUUCUCAUCGGCCGGGCACCAUAUUGCGUCCGGGUCCAGAGACGCAACUGUGCGGCUAUGGGAUGCAACCACCGGGUUGAAUAUCGGAGAGCUCAAGGGACAUAAUGACGCUAUUACAUCUCUGAUGUUUUCUCCCAACGGCCUCCUCGCAUCUGGGUCCCGAGAUACGACAUUGAGGUUGUGGAACAUAACAGAUGGAGUCAAUGUUGGAGAGCUUAAAGGACACGUCGAGGCAGUAACGUGCCUGUCAUUCUCACCCAAUGGACUUCUUCUGGUAUCCGGCUCUCGAGAUGCGACUCUGCGACUAUGGGAUGUGGGAACUGGUGGUAGUAUUGGGGAGAUGAGAGGACAUACGAAGGCAGUUACAUGCCUGCUGUUCUUACCAGAUGGACUCCGCAUCGUAUCUGGGUCUGAUGAUAAAACUCUACGGUUAUGGGAUGUGGAAGGCAAGGCAAGUGUCACCGAGCUGAAGGGUCAUACCAGUGGCGUUACAUGUCUGGCGUUUUCGCGGGACACGCUUCAUAUUGCCAGUGGGUCAUGGGACAAGACACUGCGAUUAUGGGAUGUGACUAGCUCUGGAACCGGAGAUACGAGAGGGCAUACCGAUGUGGUCACAUGCCUAGAAUUCUCACCGGAUGGGCGGCGAGUCGUGUCUGGGUCCUACGAUAAAACUCUCCAGAUGUGGGACGCGGUAACUGGCGCACAUAUCGCAGAGCUAAAAGGACAUACCGGCAAAAUCGCAUGCGCCAUAUUCUCGCCAGAUGGUCUUUAUCUUGUAUCUGGGUCCGACGAUAAAACACUCCGACUGUGGGCUGUUGCGACUGCAUCCGGCCUGGGAUCUCCCUAUCCACUGAAUGCAUACGCCAAUAGUUUACGCUUUGCCGAGGACGGACGGACAAUACAGGUCAAUAAUAGAAUGGUGUUCGACAUUUCCCAAGGUCGCCUUCAGCUACUUAUUUCCCUUACCCACACGAUUACCUUCCCGGAGCCCCCCGAAUCCGAGAUUUCUAUCGACGCACACAGCAAUGAGCUGUGGUGUCUUUCUCAUCCGCAGCGCAGAUACAGAUUUCCUGAAGAAUUUAGAUGGCUCGCCUUCACCAAACACCAAAAUAAAGUGGCAUUUGGUAUGAGAAACGGACAGGUCAUAGCCAUUCAUUUUACAAAUGCUGCUGACUCCUAG